AUGAACGAUGACUCUGACCCCAAGGCCCAGCAAGACGACGACUCUGUUGAACGCGUUGACAUGGCCGGUAUCCCUAUCCACGAACCUCAACCACUACCUACACUCGAAUUCGCUACAGAAGACGGAUCUAUCAGCAGCGACGACGCAUAUGCCUCUUGUGUUGGCGAAGGCUCCGACGGCGUUGCACCUCCGACUCCUACCAACAAGCCAUCCAUCGAUGGUCUCGAUAAUGACGGGUCGCAAAGCUCUGUUGGCGAAGUCAGCUCAAAGAGUGGAACACGAGUCGUCUCACUUGCUGAAGUCGACCCCAGCUUUGCCGCACAUAGCAUUCCCGAAGGUGCUCUGAGCGACGGCAUUUCAGAAGACGGGUUAUCAGAUACGACCGCCGAUGACACGGCUUCGAGCAACGCAGACGACUCCAGUCUUGUGGUACUCCAAAAGAUCGACUCAUACACCGGCCAUUCUCGAGCUGACAGCGUGUGUAAUAUUGCUCAGGCAAACGACCUGCACGCCAACGAAGAUAGUAAUCACUACUUUGGAAAAGCCCCUUACGAGAUCAACACUGUAGAGGACAGUGCAAUCGAUGGCUCGUCUCAUGAGAAUGGGACUGACAGCUGGUUAUCCGAUAACGAUGCCUUCAGAAACAACACUUGGCACUUUGGCGAGGAAGACGUUGAUGAACCUGCUCCGGAGAUUCGUAGCAAGAAGCCCGAUCCCAUUUGGAAGCAGUAUCCUCAAGCCCAGUACCCUCGAUUCGACAUGGCCCUCAAUCCGACUGGCUGCGAUGGUACAGAAGCAACCUUGGCCUCGAGAGCCUACCCGAUGCCGAGUCCCGGCAGCUUGGUCGACCGCCAGGUCUGGGUCAUUGUUUCGAGCGAGUUUUCUCAGGCUGCUGGUGAAGGAGAAGACGAUGAUGAAUCCAGUGUCGAGUACUUCAACCAAAGUUGGAGCCUUGAUGAGUCUUCUCGACGUGGCGACUCUGUCGUUUACUGCCAUUCUUACGACGGGCCAAUGGAAGCCGCCGACUAUGCCCUCUUGGGCCCUCUCGUCGAGCGCGGUCGUAACAUAGAGCUCGACCAAAUCUACCGAAGGGGUGUCGUGUUGCUCAAGAAAAGCCAACGCAAGGCAUUCGCCUUCUCCUUCAGUGACUGCAGACCAGGCAAGGCCAAAACGUUCUAUGGUUGGAUCCCCCGAUGGCGUAUUCCGAGGCUUGUGUGCAUGGGCUGGGGCGGCUUUACCCCUGCCAUUCUCCAUCGCCAGUUUCGUGGGAGCAAGAUAGAUGGCAAGGAGUUGGGCAACUGGAACCCGGUUGCACCUAAGCGAUCAUCAUCAUACGGCACGACCUUUGUCAGUGAUCGAAAAUCGACAUUCAGCCUCCUGGUGCGGUUCAAGUCGGAGCGCGAGGAAGCUGAGCGCAAAGGAGUCACCGAGAUUGCAAAGCAAUAUCGCAAGGCCGUUGCUGCCGAACAGUGCAGGUGGGAUGUGCACACCACCAAUGAUUUCUGGCCGAUCAUAGUCCCUCCCCACCUUCGAGGAAAGACCGACCAGGUCGUUGUCGAGGUGCCUCAAGUUGUGGAUGACGAGAGCAUGGAUGCGAAGCCGUGUACCAAGGAUGUCGAGCAGUCCGUCGCGUUUGGGGGCGGAGGACAGGAUUAA